AUGGCCACCCAGUCGUGCUUGGAGAAGGGGCAGAAGCAACAGCGGGGCGAGGUGCCCUCAGGGCCAAAGAACGAAGUCUUCCCUACUCCUGGCAACGCCCGGGAGACCGGCAACGGCGACGCUGGCCCCUCGGUGCCCACAGUCUCGGGCGACCGGUCUCCAUCUGGUGGGGACGCCCCGUGCGGUGGCACAGCAGGUGCCUCCUCCUGCGUCAGGGCGGACGCCGGUGCCGUUUCCAGCGCUGCGGAGGAGCCGGGGCCGCCCUCCAUGUCCUGCGUGGGGGAAAGCGGGCGUCCUGAGCUCCAGGGCGGUCCGAGUCCCCACACACAGCUGAGCCGCGUGGGGCCCGAGACGGGCCAAGGCCUCCACACCGCACAUGCGGGCAGCGCGGCCGCCGCACGGCAGGCCAGGAGGGGCGCUGUCCAGGCCAGCCGGCGUCCGGCCCACACGACGGGCCCAGCGAGCGGCCGUGGGCGGAAACCGCGCAGCCGCAAGAAGUCUGCCCAGGCUCAGAAGGUCCCAAGGCGCUGUCUGUUUCCAGAUGCACCCGCGCCUCAGAGGCCCGUGCCUUUGCCGCCAUCCUCUCCCAGGGCUCAGCCCAGCAGCCGCCGCCGUGCACCUCGAGCUUCUCCGUGGAGUCUCGCGUCCCAGCCAGGCCCGGACCUCCGAAGCCACACCACCCCACCGCCAGGCCCUGCCCUGCGAAGCCGCGCCACUCUGCGCGGCCCCGCUGCCUGCCGCUUCUGCGCACCCCCGCAAGGACCUGCUGUCCGCCGCUGCGCAUCUGCGCCAGGCGCUGCAUCCCGCCCCCGGAGUGCGGCUGCAUCUGCGCCAGGCGCUGCAUCCCGCCCCCGGAGUGCGGCUGCAUCUGCGCCAGGCCCCGCACCCAGCUGCCGCCGUGCACCCGCGCCGCCACGUCGCGCCGUCCCGAACCACGCAUCCGGGUCGGGUACCGCUCUUCGCCGCCGUGGAUCCGCACCAGGUCCUGCUCGCCGUCGCCGCAGUGCGUCCACGUCAGGUCCUGCUCGCCGCCGCUGCCGCCGCGCUUCCAGGCCCGGAGGUGGUCUCGGAUGCUCUGCUACAGCGCCCAGCCCGGCUUCCCGUAGCCGCGCAUCUGGACUAGGCCCUGCUCUCAGAAGCAGAGCAUCCGGGGCAAACCCUGCCCUCCCUCGCAGCGGCACGACCGCAGGCUUUGUCCCCCGGAGCCGCCCCACCCAGAGAAGGUCGACCGCUAGCAGCCGCCCCUCUCUCCCUGCGCCUGCUGGCCAGAGGCCUCCUUCCCCGGGGCUCCCCUUACGAAGGCUUGUCUUCCAGAGCAGCUCAGGCUCUCCCGAUCCUGAGGCCCCAAGCCUGCCUUCCCAGCCGCGUUGGCGCGCAGUCCGCAUGCGUGCCUCCUCACCCUCACCUCCUGGUCGGCUCUAUCCUUUCCCUGGGUGGUUUGCUGAGAGUUCCUCCUCCUCCUCCUCCUCCUCUUCCUCCUGCCCCUCCCCGUCGCCCCCCCUUCCCCCCUCCUCCUCUUCCCCCAAUUUUGGUGGGCUGGCCUCCAUCUCCACUCCUAGCCCUGAUAGCCUUAGAAGAGCCUUGCUGCUGGAGUUUGAUGCUCUGAGCCCUGCCUCUCCAGGAGAGCAGAAUGAAAUGGAGAGCUUCCCUUACCCCCCUACUGGUCCUGAGCCUUGA